AUUUUAUUACCUGUGACAUAAGCAUUGUCAAAUUGACAAGUGAAACUCGAAUAUAUUUCCCAAUUUAAAAUAAAUAUUUAUGUUAUUUAGUUUGUAAAUUAUAGUUUUUCACAGACUUUAUUAUUAAAAAGUGAUAAAACGUUGAAAGGAACAUUGUAACUACCUCAAGGAACAAGACCACAUCAGUUCUGACCUGCUUGUAGGUAUUUGAUAUACAUAUUAAAGUGGAGGAGGUAGUAGACAGGUGGUUGAGCAUAUUUUAUAUGGCUAAAAGUAUUGCCACUAUCGCUAUGAAGACCAAAGGACCCUUCAGUAUGAUGCAAGAUGAAUGUCAAACAAUAAACACCUGAGUGACUUUGUAGCAACAAUUUUACUUGGCGAACCUAAUACCGAAACCAAUGGAGUGCUACUUUCGCUGUCGGUUACUAAAGUACGCAGGCCGCAGCUGUCUCGUGUUUCGCCUUCAAUGGAAACUGACUAUCCCGCGAUGCAGCCCAAGUGCGAGAGGGUCGACAUGGACUUACCAGACUACACUGACGUAUUACAACAGACGGAAGAGAUACUCAGACAAUGUUUCCAACAAUACAAACUAGAAGAAGUGUUUCUUUCAUUCAACGGAGGAAAAGACUGCACGGUACUGUUAGAUAUCACAUUAAAUAUAUUAAAGGACAUGCACAAAGCGAACGAUGUGGCCAAAAAUAUCAAAGUUGUUUAUAUACGAACGAAAGGGCCGUUCAGAGAAAUCGAAGACUUCGUGAAUAUAGUACAAAAACAUUAUGGCAUUAGACUUAUUGUGACAGAGGGUGAAAUGAGGACGACAUUACAAAAUAUUCUGGAUGAAGAUAGCAGAUUGAAAGCGGUGCUCAUGGGAACCAGACGAACCGAUCCGUACAGUCACACGUUGGAAUAUAUGCAAAAAACGGAUUCCAACUGGCCGCAGAUAAUACGUGUCUCCCCCCUCCUCGACUGGUCCUAUCACCAAAUAUGGAAUUAUAUAUUGCAACGGAACGUGCCUUACUGCAGUCUAUAUGAUAGGGGAUACACGUCAAUAGGCAGCGUUAUGAACACGUGGCCUAAUCCCUCCUUAGCAUACACAGACGAGUGCGGGUAUAAGAGUUAUCUGCCCGCGUGGCAGCUGAAGGACCCCGCCGAGGAGCGCGCGGGUCGCGGCACACACCCACCGAACAUUAUCGCAAAUGGUCACCACUCCAACAGUCACCAUUCGAAUGGUCACCAUUCAAAUGUCAUUGUAGAAUGAAAACGCAGAUUUGUAACACUAGAUCGAAUUGAUAUAAUAUAAUAAUUAACUAAUUAAUUAGCUGAAUUACUGAGAUGAAUGCUUUGUAUCUUUAGCUAUUUUUGACAAUGUGUCCACUCUCCACUAUCUUAAUUCUGACGAAUAUAAUUUUUAAAAAUAUGUGAUAGUAAACCAAGUAGAAAAUCAUUUUAUAUCCUAGAUAAUAUACUAAGAAACAAAGCAUGAAUCUUUAAUAUGUGCCUGAUGGAUGUAUUUGGAACUUGGUUCCAAAACUUGACAUUUUAGUUCAAAAUUCUUUUAUUUUUAUUGGUUUCGGAUUUCAUUAUGACAAUUAACUAAUAGUAAAUUUAUGCUGUUGAUUUGCAUUAUAGCCAUGUUUUAAAAAACAGUUGAUACGUCUUAUUGUGAAUAACAACUCGUUUAUGAGCACAGUGCACAACAUAAUACGACAUCUAUGUGCUCAUUGCAAACUUAUUUCUGUAUAUUUUUAGAUUUGUAUGUGAUCCUUUCACUUUUCUAUCAAGUAUUAACAUGGCAAUAAUGCAAAUUAACCACAUGUUUCGCAUGACUGCCACUUUUAAAAUAAAAUAAUUAUAUGACAUAUAGCGCAGUACCUUGUUUACCAGAACUGGUAAACAGAAAGUGAUGAAAAAACCUAUUUGAAAUUAAUACUUAAAACUUUUAAUAAUACUUAUAUUGUUGUGACACGAACCGUCAUUUUCAAUAAACGAUCCCAAUCGCUUUUUUCAAGCUAUCUCAAAAAUGGACCAAUCAGAACAAAGUAUUUUGUGACAUGUUUACAAAUGAAUCAUUUUGAUUGCAUCAUUUUUAAAAUCGGAUUAAAGAUUGAGAUUAGGUUUGAGUCUUGAAAGCAGUUGUUAGACGGUAUUUACAAAUACCAGCUACGCGGUAUUUCACUAUCCUAAUUUAAAUUUUCUAUCCUAUCCUGACAAAAACCAAUCAAAAUAAGUAAUUUGUAAACAUGUCAAAAAAAAAUGUUCUGAUAGGUCAAUUUACAAAUGGAUCUAAAACAGCGAUUGGGUUCGUUUAUUGAAAACGGUGGUAUAUGCAUUUCCUUAAAAAUGCACUUACGUUCAAUAUCCAAAAUAUGUAUACGUUGAGAGGAAGAGGUUCUAUAUUACUUCAAGUCAUUAUUAAUGACUUGAAGUAUAUAUUAUAUUUGGUGUUUAUACAUAUACGUCUAUUUGAGUCUAAAUGUGUAUAUAAUUUUGGAUAAGUACGUGAAAAUGUUAAGAAAAAUUUCGAUUGGUCAACGAUACAUGAUUUUUUUUUAAUUCUACAUGAAACUUAUCAGCGUCUAGUAGAGAAAAUAUAUUAGGACCAAUAAGGAGAAAGAUCCAGAACAUAUUAAUGGUACUUACUAGGUAAACUUACUUAUUAACAUACCUACCUAGGUAAUAUACCUAUUUAUUUAAGCACAUUUUUAAAGAGCUUCAAGAUUUUAAAUGUUUGAAGCAGAUUGUUUCGUCAAUCAUUUUUCACCUCAAUGCACAUGGUGCUGAUCUUAAACUUAAUUACAUGUACUUAAUCACUCGAUCUGCCAAAAACAAACGAUGUAUUUAAAUGAAUACUUCAGAAGUAGAGAAUCGAAAUAUAAAUAUUCUUAGGAGAAGUUGAAAAUGCAGCAGAGUAAUUACUUUGAACAGCUUUCUUUAUAAUUUUUUCCUAAAUGGAUUUUUUUAAAGUAAAUUACAAUUAGUAUAAUUAGUCCAUUGGUUAUUGUUAUUUAUUUAUUAUAUUGUAAAUUGGCAAUAAAACAAUAUUUAAAAUUUGUAUUAUUGUAUGACAUUUUUUUAUUUUUUACUUAUAUACAAAAAAUACGUUAUCCAGCUGAUAUCGUUGGAGUGCACUCGGUGGACGAAUGUAACCAUUGUAUGAAUUAUCAAAUUAUCACGAUAUCCGCGAAAUUUGAGAUCAGAUGUUGAAAAUUCUCCAUUUACUAAAAUAAUGUUAUUAUAGUGUUGCAUACCACACUGCUCGUCAGCUUAAAAUGGCUACCAGUGAAACCUAGAUGUCAAGUCUUGGCACCAGCUAAUGUAGGCGGGGGAGACCUAGUAGCAAAAAACCUGUAUGCCUUGUCCUUAAAAUAUCGUCUCUAUUCACUUAUUUAAUGUUCAUAUCACAAUUAUAUUUUGUUUUAUUUUUUUAUAAAUUAGCACAUCUACAACAUUCCUUAAUUUUGCAAACACGAAUAUAAAAUAUAACUGCCUUUACUUUUAUGUAUUAUUUCAAAAACCAACACAAUAUGUUUUGGUUACUAAAAAAUCCUUCCCCACACUUAUCCCAUGAGGGAAUAAAAUCCGUUAUAUGUAGUUAAUUGUCUGAUCUGAAUAUAAAAUUUUCAAGCUUCUCGACCAACGAGACCCGAGUGUUUAUGGAAUGUUUCGUUAUUUUAUGGUCACUUUUUUGAUAGAUAAUUAUGUUAGACACGAAUUAUUUUUUCUGUGAUACAAUUUUAGUUUGUUGCUUUAUUGUUUCAAUAAAAUAUUUUAAUUAAA